GAGCGGAAGUGACGUGUUGCGGGGCGGGUCUGUCCACGCACAAUGGGCCAUGGAGUUCUCUUUCGAUGUGGACGCCCUGCUGCCGGAGCGGAUCACGGUGCUGGACCAGCACCUGCGACCCCCAGCCCGGCGACCCGGAACCACAACGCCGGCCCGUGUUGACCUGCAACAGCAAAUUAUGACCAUUGUAGAUGAACUGGGCAAGGCUUCUGCCAAGGCCCAGCAUCUUCCUGCUCCCAUAACCAGUGCAUCAAGGAUGCAGAGUAACCGCCAUGUUAUGUAUGUGCUCAAAGACACUUCAGCACGACCAGCUGGAAAAGGAGCCAUUAUUGGUUUCCUGAAAGUUGGAUACAAGAAACUCUUUGUGCUGGAUGAUCGUGAGGCUCACAAUGAGGUAGAACCACUUUGCAUUCUGGACUUUUACAUCCAUGAGUCACUUCAACGCCAUGGCCAUGGACGAGAACUCUUCCACUAUAUGUUGCAGAAGGAGCGGGUUGAACCACACCAACUGGCCAUUGACCGACCAUCACAGAAGCUGCUUAAGUUCCUGAAUAAACAUUACAACCUGGAGACCACAGUCCCACAGGUCAACAACUUUGUGAUCUUCGAAGGCUUCUUUGCCCAUCAGCACCGGCCCCCUGCUCCCUCCCUGAGAGCAUCUCGACAUUCUCGUGCUGCUGUGGUUGAUCCUACACCUUCUGCUCCAGCAAGAAAGCUGCCACCCAAGAGAGCAGAGGGAGACAUUAAGCCAUAUUCUUCUAGUGACCGAGAAUUUCUGAAGGUAGCUGUGGAGCCUCCUUGGCCCCUAAACAGGGCCCCUCGCCGUGCUACACCUCCAGUUCACCCACCCCCCCGCUCCAGCAGCCUGGGAAACUCACCAGAACGGGGUCCCCUCCGCCCCUUUGUGCCAGAGCAGGAGCUGCUGCGUUCCCUGCGCCUCUGCCCUCCACACCCUACUGCCCGCCUUCUGCUUGCUACUGACCCUGGGGGCAGUCCAGCCCAGCGUCGCCGCACCAGCUCCCUUCCCCGCUCUGAUGAGAGUCGAUACUGACAGACAGCUACCCCUUCCCCUCCCGUGGAGACCCGGGAUGGGCAGAGCUCCCUCUCCCUGAGAACCCCAGACCCACUCUUCCAUUGUAGUCCCCAGGUUUCAGUGGAACCUGACAGAGCUCAUAGGAUUCCCUCUUCCACUUUCUUGGGCAACAGUGUUGUCAGGGUCCUACAUGGCCAAAUACUUUGUAGCUUUUCUGCCUUCUUCCUAAGUGGGCUGCGAACACUCCCACAGCCAGCCUGAUUUGCUGCCAGAUCCAUUGAUUGGGUGGCUCAUACUGAUUAUCCAGAGAAGCACACUUUUGCUUGCUGUGUUAGACCCUAGAACACCAAGGAAGGUCCAAGGGCCUCCUCUGCCAGGGAAAUAAAUCCCAUAGUCCUUCCACAGUGUUACUGGUGGCUCUAAUACUGCUUUGUGCUGCCUACUACAUUUAUCUUCUCAGCCUGCUGAAGCCAACCAAUGAGCUUUGCUUCAGAGCAGCUCCGUGAUCUAGGACAGGGUCUUACCAGCUCCCCAAAGGGAUCCACUCAACGUUGCCAAACUCUAAAUCUCCCCAUGUUUUGUGUAUGUAUUGGGAACCCCCAAGCUGAUGUCUGCUUUGAGGCUCUAGACUCCCCACACUUCUGAAGAUACCAUCACUUCCCCCAGAUCCAGAUACUGUGAGGGAGUUUGUUUCUUGGCAGCAGAUCCUGUUGAGCACCCUGUGAUCACUCUUAGCCAUGUUUCAGAAGAUAGGCCCUGAGUCUCAAGUAUCUGUUAGCUCCUGGGAUCCCCUCUUGUAUACAUCCCUCCCCAGUAGCUAGAUGCUGAUAAAUGCCUGUCUGGUGAGGUUGUCUUGAGAUGAUGGAGGAACUCUUCCUCUGGCCUUCCUUUCUUUCUUCCAUAGCAAGAACCUUCCCUGCUCCAUACCCAGGGUAUGGAACAUCCUUCCCCCUCCCUACCUUCUGAAUGUGUGGUAGAUCAGGUUACUCCCAGUGUGUUCCCCCAUCCCAGUACUUGGGAGCAGGAUCUCCCUCUCUCCCAACUCACUCCUUUUCCUUCCCCUUCUCACUGUUGUUUGAAUAAACUGCAUUCUUUUGUGUUUUUUAAAUGGACAUUUUCAAUGAAAGAAAAAUCAAAAAAAAAAAAAACAAAAAAACAAAAAAACAAAAAAAAAAAAAACCCCAAACUUAAGGUCUCAGCCUCGUUUGUGUGUCACCUGUUUUUUUUUUCCUUGGGAUCUCUGGACCUCUGUGCCUCUCAUCUUCCUUACCUCUGAGAUCUACUGGAUCUUCUGCAGGUUCCUUCUCCUGUCCAUGUAGUCACUGGAUCCUCUGUGUAGGCUUCUGGAUCUACUCUCCCAUUCCCUCCAGAAACCUCCAGCUCUCCCCAGUGACUUCUACCCUUUUGCAUAGGCCAGCCAUUGCUGAGAUGUCAAGAUUUGCCAACAUCUCUGGGACCUACUCAUUGCCUCCUGACUAUUCCCUGGAUUCCUCUUCCCAUCCUGGUUUCCUGCCCCUCUCCCACCCUUGGACCUCUCUCCGUACAAUUUCUUUUCCUCCUAAAUUAAGCCUUGUCAUUCCCUAUUUCCCUCUGGUCUGACAUAUCCUAUAAUUAAAAUAACCAUGUUUUCUAAACCAAACACCAGGGCAUCUGGUCUAACAAUUUUUUUUUGCCUAUAUGUGACUCUGGUUUUCUGACAUAACUCGAAUCACAUUUAGCCUUAUUUUUAACACACUACCUCAACUAGAACUAAGACUACAGCAAACUAGGACUGCUCCAAAAAAUCUUGCGGUAUAAAAUGAGCUCCCUACCCUUUUCUGAAGCAUAGAUUAGAUUAAAACCCCAUAGGAAUGGUAAUUACCCCUUUGUCUUUAUCCUGUACUAUUCCUUUCCUUUCUCUUCUCUGAUUCCCCCCUCCAUACCCACUUAUCUUUUCUUCCUGUAGCCUCUUCCCCAUCAUCUCCCAUUUCUUCUACAGGGGGGCUCCCCCAGGGCUGGUAGCCCAAAGCUGCUGCUACAGCCGCCAUGGGGGAUUGAGUUCCUCAUCCCCCAAUACAGGUAAGUAUUCAUCCUUCCUUAUCCUCAAACCAAGUAGACCAUAUUCACUACCUACUCCAGCCUUCCCAUGACAUGCCUGGUGUUUCCACAGGCAACCAAGAGUGGAAGCAGGGGGAACAGGAAACACAGAAUAGGUGAGGUCUGAGCCCUUCCUCUAUCAGCUUCCCACCACUUCUGACUCCUUUCCUAACAUCACUGUCUGCUACUUUCUCCUUUGAACACCAGCUCCUCCCAUAAAUUGUUCUACCUAACAUCCUUAAACCCUCUUUCCCCAUAGGUUCAACUCGUGCUUACUUUGGCACUAAGGGGUUUCAGAUUUGGACACAUAGCACUAAUGGUUUCAGCCUCAUACUCACUCCAUCAUGUAUCCUACUCUACAUUAGGGCCAGACCUUGAAGAGCCCCUGAUCUUAAUUGCCACUCUAGUACCCCAGUAAUUCACCUUCCAUCUCCCUCUCACCUACCAGGUCUGCCAGCGAGGAGCAGGUCUUGUCACAGGAUGGGUCUGGGGAGGAACUCAUGCACACAGUUCCUCCACAGGCCCAGGCCCUACCAGCUCAGUCCUGGACAGUGGGUGGGGACAUAUUCAACGCCAGGUUCAUUCGAAACUUGCAGGACCGUCGCAGCACUAGGCCUUGGUGACGGAAACCCUUUCUCACACCUUCAAAGUCAGUAUAAUUUCUCACUACAGGAGGUAGCCAAACAAAGCCCGCCCUCAUAAUGGAAAUAUUUAUUCAUUAAUUCUUUCAUUCAUUCAAUAGCUUUUCUUACCAGUGCCAAGUCAUUUGUAUUUUAUUUUUAACCAGAGCAAUAAAAGUUUAUUUUUAUCACAAGA